GUUUGUCCCUCGCUCCAGCUGAUCGGCCCAGGAUUCCCCGGUGGCUCUGUCCGUCGCUGGCUCUGACGGUUCAAAUGUCUCAACGUCGACUUAAACUGUUUUAAUUUUACGGAGUUAGUGGCCGCUCGUGUCGGCAAAAACGUUCCCCGUCUAGCGAAAGUCUGAAGGAUAAUCUGACCGGGGGCAUUAACUCUGCACUUGUCAAAGCAAGAGGAUCUAAACGCAAAUACGAGGCCCUCACUCCAUCCCCGGAUUCACCUGCUACGCGAAGAGCCUCACACGGAAGACCGACAUGGGUGACACGGGGAGCGAGGGCAGCAAGCCUCCGAGUAACGUCAACGUUAUACCUCCGCGCUGCCCCUGUGGUUUCUGGGGGUCGAGCAAAACUAUGAAUCUAUGCUCAAAAUGUUUUGCAGACAUUCAGAAGAAACAGCCAGACAAUGAUUGUGCUUCAAAGACCCCCUCAAGUUCCAGCAGCAGCCAAGCAGACAUCUUCUGUAAUGAAACAAACAGCAGCAUUAGUCAGUCACUGAUGUCAAUGCCCAAUGCAUCAGAGGACCCCUCACCAGAGGAGACAGGAGUGACAUCUCUACCUGCUCGGGAUGAGGUAUCCAGCACAGACACAGUCUUCAGUUCACUCUCCACUCCCACAAAACGCUCCUUUGAGUCAGCCUCUGAGUCAGAGAGCGAUGUUUCACCCGAGAAGCGAGCAAGAGUGGGUGUGGUGCCAGAGAGCGAGGAGUCCUCAUCAUCGUCGUCAUCUUUGUCUGCAUCAUCGUCAUCAUCAUCGCCAUCCUCGUCUCGCAGCGGCUCCAAACAGCGGAGCCGUAAACGUUGCCAUCGCUGCCAAACCAAACUGGAGCUGGUACAGCAAGAGCUGGGUUCCUGUCGCUGUGGUUACGUCUUCUGUAUGCUCCAUCGGCUCCCAGAGCAGCAUGAGUGUCUGUUCGACCACCUGGGCCGCGGCCGUCAGGAGGCCGUCCUAAAGAUGGUCAAGCUCGACCGCAAGGUGGGCCGCUCAUGCCAGCGCAUCGGGGAGGAGUGCUCCUGAAGAACCUCGGUGUUCAGACGGUGUCUUAGCACUAACAGGGAUUUGAUUUUUUUUCCCCCUUUCGUCUCAUUUUGUUUAUCAAGAUUUCUGCUGGUUUUUUUUUUUUUUUUUGGGGAUACAAACCUUCACCUUUUUUUCGCUUUAAAUUAUGCUUGCUCUUUUUAAAUCCCACUGUUACUCAUAUCCCGAUUUCUGUUUUGAGCUUCUGUUUGCUUAAUCAUAUCCCUGCUGCUAAGAUGCCUUUUGGAAAAAUCCGCACCCAGGAAUGAAAGAACAGUUAAGAGCAAAGGAAAUACAUACAGUUUGUUCACAUUUUUUGCAAGCUCCCGUCUACACAAGUGAGUGGAGUAAGAACGAAUAAAAGGAUGAAGAGAAGAAACACAAAUGUUUGUCCUGGAAGCCAGUUUAAGACUAUACUCUUUACCUCAAAAAAGAAAAAAAAAAAAACAGCAACAACAACAAAGAAUGAUGACAAGGAGGAAGAGGAAGGGAUGGUUACCCUUUGUGUACACUUUUGCUUUGGCACUGUUUAUAGACUGUGUUCUUUACCUCAAAAUCAGACAGAGCUGCUUUCUACUCUGCGCCAAGCAUGGACUUUAUGAAGCAAACCGAGCUAGCCAGCCUCCGUUUAAGUCAGUGUCUUACCCCUCUGGCCUUCCACCACUUUUAAUCCCAAACAUUUAGAAACACAAACACCUGUUAAUUAUCCAGUUCAGGAUAUCUAAUCCCAAUCUUCACCCCUUCCUCAUGCCACUUUUUUCUCUUUUCCACUCCAGGACACUUUUUACUCCUUUGUUCUGACAUCUCUAUGAAGGUGUUUCUGACACUGUGGACGGUAAAACUGGGGUGAUACUAUAAAUCCAAAUCCAGAAGUUGCAGUGUGAGCCGGACUCAAAACGCACACACUGAUGACGGGGGAAAACAGUUAGCUGGUCGUCCUCGGAUUGCGCACAGAUCUGUCUUCAAUGUUGGGAUAUGAUUGAUCAGGACUUUGUUGAGGAUUUUCUCUGUCUUCCUCUUUUUGUCUCAACCUUUAUCUCCUUAGUCUCCACAACCCUUCCAUGAAGACAUUUCCUCCUCACCCCCUUCGUCUUUUUCUGCAACAUGUGGAUUACGUGUGCAGGAUGUGUACAAAUUUCAGGAGGACUAAAUUCACAGGACAUGACUGACAUUGAGGUGUGCUUAUGGUUUAUCAGUGGACCUGCACUGUACACAUCCUCACAUCAGCGUACUGAUACACACGCUGACACUUUUAUGUUGUUUAUCUGCUCAGCUGUUGAUCACCAUGGGCACUAACUGGCAAAAUCAAAGGUUGCUGUACUCCCUGAGUUUGGACUGGAGCAGAAAUUGGCAGCGCAUCACUCAGAGGUUCCUUUUGGGGACUGUGAUGACUGUAAUAAUAAUGUCUUAGGCCUUCAAUUCAAUUAUCCAAUUUGUUUAUGGUCACUGGCUUUGAAACAAGACCUCAUAUUUUUUUCUUUUUCUUUAUUCUUCUUCCCCUCAGUACUUCAAUGUCCCUAUUUCCUUCCUAUGCCCCGUGUUUUGAUUUCCUACUAGGCACGAUGAGCUCACAUGCAUCCUCCUCCUCUUGCCUUUGACUUUCCUUUGCUCAUCUUUCCCUGUAUUGAUUGCUCUAUUUUUCCUCAUUUUACCCUCUUCUUGUCUCCCCUCCUCCUCCUUUCUUGUUUUGCUGUGAUGGGGGAAAGAGAGCUCGGGUGAGCAGAAUGCUGAGAAGUUAAAAUCAGCAAAUAAUUACUGUCAAAACGUUUUCCUGGUGGACUGUGGAAGGAAUGAACAGAAAAUGCAUAAUGAAUGAAUAUUCUGUAUCUUAAAGAAAACCUUAUUUAACCCCUUUUUUGCAUUUCACAUUUAGUUACACUUUAGUGUAGAGCUGCAUUUUUUUUGGUUGUAAUGUGGUUAAAAAAUGGGAAGAUGAACGUGGAAAAUUCUGUAUUUUUGUUUUCAUUGCUUUACCUUUUGCUUCCCUUUCCAACUUUUUCUUUUACUGAGAAAGAAUAAACUGGUGUGGACAUC